ACAGUUCUUUGCGAAAAGCUUGACAACAGCAAAACGAAGUUAUUGUGAGUUCCAUUAUGAAGCAGUUAAAAUCUCAGCCAAGCGAAAACUGCGCGAACACGUGCGAGGAACACGAGGACUCGGCAAAAGGCGGUCAGUUUGACUUCAAGCAUGAAGGACACAGAAUACAGCACUCAUUUAAUGCCGAGAGAUUGGAGAGGUUGAGUGAAUUGAAGAAUUUGAUAGCGCAUAACGACUUGGGAAAAGCAGAAGCGAUUAUUGAGAAGGAAAUUGCUGAAUUGCGUCAACGUAACAAAAUUCUAAAAAUAGCGGACAGACACGGGUGGGACACUGUGAACGAGUAUUUAGACGAUCCAUUGGCCGACAAUAACGACGAUGCUAUAAAGUUACGGGGUGCUGUGAAUCGCGCUGUCCGCAAGCGAAAUUAUCGUGGAAAACCAUAUUCGUACACUGGUCAGGCUCGCAGACAAAAUGCAUUUUCUGCCAAUGAUUUUUUUUGUGGCUUCAGCCAAACGUUUGCUCCAGGAGUGUUCAAAACCACUAAACCAAGCGAUUAUGCAUCAGGACAGCAAGCAUUCUACGACCGAAAGUGCUUCUUUUGUCGACAGAGCGGACACUACGUCAGGGAUUGCCCAUUCGCCAGAGGACAACAAGUGUCAGCGCCUAACGUUAACCCCGCGGUCGCAUCGACCUCAACAUGUUCAAGUAGCAAGCAGUAGAGAUCAAAUCUUCAGUGACACUUGGAGUGAAAUCAAGGACAUGGCAACAGAAGAUCAAUUUAAAUCGGCGGUGGAAAACUGAUUAUUCCAGGGACAAUUAUAUCAAAGACUCUGUUGAUAAUAAAUUAAAAGUGUCUAGUAGUAUUUUGAUUGAAUGAAUUUAAUAAAUAUAUGUUGAUUUGUUUUCCAGUUUACAGCCGUAGUUCUACGUUCUAACGAGCAGCAAUCCAUAUUCAUGAGUUUGUUAUUUUUCGAUUGAUUCAGCAUAUUCAUAUAAUUAUAGAGUAUAAUUAUUUUAUAUUCGGACGAACGGAGUGAGGGAGAAUAUAAUUAAAAUUAUGUUCGUUUUUGGUAUAUUUCUGUGUGAGCUGUGUGGUAUAAGGGGUGGAUCUGUGUUUUAGGUCACGUGACAUUGGGAUAUAAAUAGUAAUUGCGCGGGUUUUGUGGUCAUUCUACCGCUCGUUAGAACGUAGAGAAGGAGUAAUGGCUACCAGUAAAUUGUUAUUGUAAUUAUAUAUGCAAUAUGUGUGUUCAACAUAAUGGUGUUGGUGUGUGUUGUUUGUAAUGAAAUAUACAGUAUAAACGUUCUAACGAGCAGCAAUCCAUA